AUCACACUAAUCUCAUUAUGGCUUCUUUAGAUAAAUCGUUAGACGAUAUCAUCUCCUCCAAACCAAAGAAGUUCGCUUCCAAAACCAAAACGGCUCCCAAGUCCAAAAACUUGGUGUCCAAAAAGCCUGUCAAGCCUGCUGCUAAGGUUUUGGCCAAGGCAGUGCAGUUGAAAAAACAGAAGAUCUUGGAUACCACGUACGCCACCAAGGUGGUUGUGCACGGCUUACCAAGAGAUCUUCCUAUCAAUGCUAUCAAAGAUUUCUUUCAAGCUCAAGUCGGUGGUGUGCAAAACAUUGCGUUGUCCUACAAUGAAAGGGGCCAAUUCAAGGGUAUUGCAACCAUUAUCUUCAAGAGUAGCACCUCAGCUGCCAAGGCGGUUGAAAAAUAUAAUGGCGCUCCCAUCGAUGGAGGCUCUUCCAAGUUGAAGUUGGAGUUGAUUAUCGACCCCUCCAAGAGACCAUUGGCCCUGAGAAUCGGUGAAAGGCCUGCCAACUUGGCCUCCAGAAUCAAGCCAGUGGGUAGUGCCAAGGUGCAAGCUGCUAAGGCCAAACUCCAAGCUGCUAAGGCCAAAAAGAACCAACCCGCUCAACCUGCUCCCAAGAAAAAGGCCGCCCCCAAGAAAAAGGCACCCAAGAAGGAAAAGAAGACUCUUGAACAAUUGGACCAAGAAAUGGAGGAUUACUUUGAAAAAAACUAAGCUGUUUGUAAGUUUGUAGUAUUAAUGUCAAUAUUGUAUCAGUUUA